AUGCCUCCGAAAGCGAGACCUGCUAAAUCUGCUAAGCCUGCUAACAAGAUGGAUCCUGCUGCUGCUGCUGCUACGCUUGUGAUCCCGACCGCGGGUCCUUCAUCAAGGUCGAUCUCGGCCACUGUAGUUCCUUCGAAGUCGACACGUACGCUUUUUGCAGAAGAUGAUACAGAGUUCCUGACGUUGUUGGCCAAGUUGGCUGCUUUCCGGAUUGAACAGGCUGCUGGUGGGAAGCACGACAACGGGAAAGGAAAAGAUGCUGAUUUUAAGGAUGCAGUGUCGGAUGCAGAGGAGGAUCACUCUGCAGAAGAGGAAGAUGGAGUCUCAUCCGGUGCUGCUCAACGUACCUGCUUCCUUGAUUAUGAGGAUGAUGGCCUCAUGGCUCAUGACCCGAAGGAAUGUUUUGAGGAGAAAGCGAAGGAGGAGCUGGCGGCGAAGCUGUGCUUCCCGCUCACCUUGCUGAUUCCCAGUGAUCACCUGCAGGAGGUGACCUCAAUGUGGUGGAGGAUCCGCUCCUGGAUAAAUCCCCGGUGGGGGGGGCCGGCAGGGGAGAAUGACAGGCUGAUGCAUCUAUUCGGAGGUCUCCUCAUGUCUGACGCGCUCUGCGCGCUGAACCCCGGCGCUCGAGAAUACACCUUUUACGCGAGACCGAUGAAGUCGAGUUCACAGAUUAACCGGAUUCUGGUGUCGGCUGAGUUGCUCCCCGCGGUGGUUGAAGCUUCCCACAUUCGGUCGUUGAGGGGCAUCUCGGACCAUAAGUGUGUCGUUAAGGUGGUGCUAGAAGCGAACCUGAGACUGCACAUGGGCCCAGGCAUCUGGCGGUUAACAUCUACAGACACGGCGAAGCCAGGGGUGGAGAAGGUAAUCAAGGCGGUCACGAAAAAGCAUCAUGAGAAAGGGUCCAGAAAUUUCGGCUCUCUGCUUAUCACAUUGAAGGCGCCGCUCAGGAGAUACGCGACGGAGGAGCGGAAGCGUGAGCUUGCGACGUUACGGCACCUGGAACUUGCGGUCUCCGGCUUGCAGCAAGAGCUGCUGCGGGAGCCUCAUCGUGAUGACCUGCGCUGUAGCUCUACUGACAUGUUGAAGGGCGACUUCAUGGGUUUUGUAAAUCAAUUGGAGGCGUCUGCGGUACUCCCGAAGGAAGUGCAGGAGGCGGUAACCAUCCUGCUGUAUAAGAAGGGACCAAUGGAGCAAAUACAGAAUUAUAGGCCCAUCACUCUUAUGACGAGCUCGUACAAGGUGGUGGCGAAGCUACUUGCUAACCGCAUGAAGAAGGUUCUGAGCACGGUUAUCUCCAAGGAGCAACAAGGUUUUCUCCCUGGAAAGCAACAAAUUGGGCGUGAGCAGGGGCUCUUGGAGGAGUUUGGAGCUCGCUCAGGGUUGCGGGUCAACAAGGAGAAGUCGGCGUUGCUUCCGCUGGGGAAGAACUUGAAAAAAGAAAAAGACGUGGAGUCAGGCUUUGCGUGGGUCGAGCCAAAUGACGCGGAGAGAUUACUGGGAAUAUGGGUCUCUCCUUCGGGGAGCGCGGAAGUCACCUGGGACAAGACGCUUGCCAGAGCAGCGGAGGAACUCACUAAAUGGACGUCACGACAUCUUACCACAACGGCGAGGGUGGCAGAGAUUAACGCAUACGUCUGCCCGAUCUUAGCUUUCCAGGGCCAGAUCUUGCCGAACGGGAAGAAGCCGGUGGGGCGGCAGAAGGCGGUGAAGGGCUUGGAGCUGAUCAAGCUAGGCGGCUUUGUCGGCCUUGCAAAUGACGGUGUGCGUUUUUUCAAAGACGAGAAGAUGCUUGAGAAAGAGCUCGGCACGCUUGAGAAAGCGCGGAAGGCGCUUAAGAUUUUCAGCAGCGUGCUGGACUCCUAG